CUACGGGGUUAGGAUCCUGAUGUCAUGUCCGCCUGUUCUUUCAAGUUCCGUAACGGAGUAACUUGUAUUCUUCCUUAACCUCUGUGCAUUAACAAAGGGGCAGCCAUCCCACAACUGGAACUAAUGGCUGUCGUUUUCCCACACUUCCCACGUCCUUCACUCUCACCUUCACCUUCACCUUCUUCUUCUUCUUUCUCUCAACCUUCACCCAGACCCCAAUUUUUUGCAUCCUCUGCAUCUCCCAUGGACAAUUCCCCCAAAAAGUUCAUGGAUUUCCCAUUCGUCACUGCCCCGCGUAGGAACUUGAUGAUCGAUCUCGUAUCCACGAUAGAGAACCGUCUACACUCUCAACUCAAACCAUGCACUUUACCUUCCGAUUUACAACACUACUACAAUCCAAGUAAAACCUCCCAUGGCUCACUGUAUAUCCGAUCAGGCCAUACCUCUUCUCAGGUUGAUUUCAUGCUAGGAAGUUGGUUACACUGUGAGCUGCCAACAGGGGGAGCACUGGACAUAACAAGCCUUUCAGCUUAUCUGAAUGCUUCCACAGAUGCACCGAAUUUCCUGAUUGAGCUCAUACAGAAUAGCCCAACGUCACUUGUUCUCAUUCUGGAUUUGCCACCUCGAAAGGACCCAGUCUUAUAUCCCGAAUACCUUCAAACUUUUUAUGAGAACACCCGGCUUGAAUCACUUAGGCAAACGCUUGAGAAACUCCCAGAAGUUCGACCGUACUACUCCUCAGCACUUUACAUUCGAUGUCUCACCUCUCCCACAUCGAUCAUGAUCCGAAUCAACACGGAGGGGACUGAGGGAGACGGACCAGGACGCAUGGAGGAGAUUAUAAAGGAUCACAUAGUUCCUGUGGCGAAAGAAGCAUUGGGGAUAUGGUUGGAUCAAUGUGCUUGUGGAAACAGAAAUGUGGAUGAGGCGGAAAAGGCAUAUUUGGAGAAGAGGGAUGGAUUGGUUAGGAACAAGACAAUUGAGAUUGAUAUAGGCUCAAGCUUCCCAAGAUUGUUUGGACCCGAUGUAGCAAAUCGUAUAUUAGAGGUGAUAAGGGAAGCAUUUAGUGGAUGACUGCUAAACAAUUGUAUGCUCAUUGUUGUACCUCAGUAUAUAUGAAACAUGGAAUUUUCUUA